ACGAAUUCACUUGACACGUCGAUCAAAUUGUGGUGGUUCAGCCUCUCGGAUUUUCCCAGAAUUUCCUCACUUUUCCGUGUGUUUCCUCAUCAAAAUCACCUAUAUCGUCUUCAGGAAAGAUGGUGUUAAUCGCUGCGGCAGUCUGCACAAAAGUCGGGAAGACCAUAGUGUCGCGACAGUUCGUGGAGAUGACGAAGGCCAGGAUUGAGGGUCUCUUGGCUGCCUUCCCGAAGCUGAUGACUCCAGGGAAGCAGCACACAUUUGUGGAGACAGACUCUGUCCGAUACGUGUAUCAACCAAUGGAGAAACUCUACAUGCUGCUGAUCACUACAAAGGCCAGCAACAUACUCGAGGAUCUGGAAACGCUGCGCCUCUUCUCGAAAGUCAUCCCAGAGUGCUGUCGAACACUUGAGGAGCGAGAGAUUCUGGACAAUGCCUUCAAUCUUAUUUUCGCUUUUGACGAAAUCGUGGCUCUUGGAUAUCGCGAGAGUGUGAAUCUGGCGCAGAUCAAGACAUUUGUGGAGAUGGAUUCGCACGAGGAGAAGGUGUUCCAGGCGGUGCGCCAAACUCAAGAGCGUGAGGCGAAGAUGAAGAUGCGUGAGAAGGCAAAGGAGCUACAACGACAGCGAAUGGAGUCCGCGAAGAAGGGCUUGUCAUCGAUGAGGAGCAGCGGUUUCUCAGCCGGUGGCGAUUCCUUCGGUUCUGGCAUCUCGAAUCUCACUAUUGGCUCCACGCCGAGUAUCAGCACGGUGAAUGAUGUCAAGCCGACGCCCACGAAGGCGCCGGCUGUGAGGAACGCCAUGAAGCUUGGUGGGAAGGGCAAAGAUGUGGACACUUUUGUUGAUCAGCUGAAGAAUGAGGGCGAGAAAAUCUCUGCCGCGCCAACUCAAGUGGCCAGCCAAGGUGUGGCGAAGCCGAAACCAGUGUCGGACGUUCCCAUGGAAGAUGUACAUCUGCACAUUGAGGAUAAGCUCGUGGUGCGCCUCGGCAGAGAUGGUGGAGUGCAGAAAUUUGAGCUGUCCGGAUUGCUGACGCUCAGGAUAAGCGAUGAGAAGGUGGGCAAGAUUCGCGUGCAGCUGGAGAAUCGCGAUCAGCGCGGUAUUCAGCUGCAGACGCACCCGAAUGUGGAUAAGGAGCUGUUUAAGUCCAGGACACAGAUUGGCCUGAAGAAUCCAGCCAAGCCCUUCCCACACAACACGGACGUGGGUGUGCUCAAGUGGCGCUAUCAGACGCAGGAGGAGAAUGCAGUUCCGCUCACCAUUAAUUGCUGGCCUUCUGAGAAUGGCGACGGCGGCUGCGAUGUCAACAUUGAAUACGAACUGGAGCACACUCACUUAGAGCUGCGCGAUGUCACAAUAACAAUUCCAUUGCCGAUCGGGGCUACGCCGUCAAUUGCUGAGUGUGAUGGCGAUUACAAUCACGACUCCAGGAAAAACACUCUCACGUGGAGUUUGCCGAUUGUGGAUGUGAACAACAAGGCUGGCUCGAUGGAGUUCAGUGUGCCAGCGUCAAUUCCUGGUGACUUUUUCCCACUGCAAGUGGCUUUCGUGUCCAAGACGCCCUAUGCUGACAUCAAGGCUCUCGAUGUGGCCACAGUGGAUGAGGAAUCGCCGGUGAAGUUCUCCUCGGAAACGGUCUUCUAUGCUGAAAAGUAUGAGAUUGUGUGAUGAGGACAACCAAUCGUUCGCGCCUCCUGGCCGGGCUGGAGGUGCUACUUUACUAUCCCCAUUUUUCCCGCCCAUUUAUUUGCCCUGUGCGGUGGUAUAUUAAAGGAUCUAUUGUAAGAAGA